GAAGAAAAAGGACAAUUGGUAAAGACAAUAAAUGUCCCAACAACUGAAGCUGUGGCAAUGUUUUUGCAUAUCCUUGCUCACAACCUAAAAUAUAAAUUCAUACACUUUAACUACUGUAGAUCAAAAGAAACAGUGAGUAGACAAUUCAAUAAUGUCCUUAGAGCUGUUAUGAAAGUAAGCCGGGAUUAUUUGAAGUUUCACGACUAUAAUCUAGACGGCCUUGAGGCAAAUAAAUGGAAAUGGUUUGAGAAUUCAGUUGUAGCACUUGAUGGGACACAUAUUCCAGUAACCGUUACUGUAGAAGAUAGACCUAGAUACCGUAAGAGAAAGGGUGACAUAUCUACAAAUGUGUUAGGAGUUUGUGGUCCAGAUUUAAGGUUCAUCUAUGUGUUACCGGGGUGGGAAGGGUUUGCAGGAGAUUCUCGGGUAUUGCGAGAUGCUUUGCGUCGUCAAAAUUGUCUUCAAAUUCCAAACGGUAAAUACUUUCUUGUGGAUGCGGGAUAUACAAAUGGUCCUGGAUUUACAACUAAUGGUGUAGAAGAGGUCGCAAGUGUUCAAGUGACUGAAGAGUGGACAACAUUUCGUGACACAUAUGCGAUGAAAAUGUUUUCCGAAUAUCAAGAGAGAAGAAAUAUUUCUUAUGCUUAG